GCCGCGUAAUCUUCGACAUCAAACCCCUCAACAUCAUAGUUUAAAUUUCUCUUCAUCAGGCCCUACCAUUCACAUUGCUAUCCAACAUGCCUUCGUGGAAACGCUUAAUACGCUUCGUGUCCACAGACGGACUUGUUUUACGCGGAGAACCGAUCCUUCCUUCUGAGGACUUUGACAUUGGCUCGACGACUGAGGACACAGGCCUGAAAGCAAAGAUCAUCAAGGUUGCAAAAGGAGGGAUUUUCGACGAUGAGACGAAGGUGACAGAUGAAGUUGCCACUGUGAAGACGUUGUUGGGACCAGUCGAUCAGGAUGAAACGCCGAUUAUCAGAUGUAUUGGGCUAAACUUCAUCAAGCAUAUUCAGGAGGGCGGAAGGACAUUGCCACCGUUCCCUUCUACUUUCAUAAAAGCGAACACGUGUUUGCAAGAUCAUGGCGCUCCCAUCGUUAUUCCGAAGAUUGCGCAAGAUGAUCAGGCUGAUUACGAGGGAGAAUUUUGCUACAUCAUUUCGCGCGAUGCCAAAGACGUCUCUGAAGAGGAUGCCUUCUCGUACAUUGGCGGCUACACAUGUGGUAACGACGUUAGCUCCCGUAAACUCCAACGUGACCCUAAGCUCGCCGGCACAGUUCCACAGUGGAACUUCAGCAAGGGUUUCGACACCUACUGCCCACUUGGGCCCUGCAUCGUAUCCACCGAACUCAUCCCGGACCCCAGUAAACUUUACUUGAAGACUAUUGUUGAUGGAGAGGUGAGGCAGUCGGAGACCAUCGACGACUUGUGCUUCAAAGUGCCGACGUUGGUGAGUUAUUGUAGUCAGGGGACUACGUUGAAAAAAGGAACUGUUGUUAUGACCGGGACACCCAGUGGUGUUGGUUACGCCAUGAACCCUCCGCGAUUUUUGAAGCCUGGAACACAGGUUGAGGUCAACAUCACGCAAAUCGGGACAUUAAAAAACCCCGUGGAGUUUGCUUAAGUUGCGAUGACGUUCUGAACACCCGUUAUAAUAGAAAUUCCAUACCCAUCAAGAUUUUCCAAUU